UCUAUGAUGUUUUGUGUGCACUGCACAGUGGCUUAUCGAUCCUUCAUUUUUUAAUUGUAGUCCACAUAUCUCGCUUCAAUCUCUUAUUUGGCCCACAAUAUUGUGGAAGAGCGUGUACUAUCCCGAUCGAGCUCGUGAAUUUGACUCCAAUAUGCUGAUCCGCGUGGACUAGGCGAUAUCGAGGAGCUUGAUAACAUGAUGGUACCACCCAGGCACUAGCAACACUAGGGUGGAGAUGAUCGCCAGCACCAUGAAUUGUUCGCUAUGCCCGUCUUGGUGAUGGCGCGGAAGCGGGGCUCUUCCCGCCUGCCAACAUUUGAACACCCUCUGCACUCAACCAUCCCAACUUCUCUCUCUCCAACAGUUCUCGGUUUCCAUCUUCCCUCAAAUCAUCAUCUCAUCUCGAUUUUGGACGCCACAACCUAUUCGAAACCGCCUCUUCACAAACUCCAUACCACUAUCUCGGUCAACAAGUAUGACGACAUCUGA